ACGUAUGUGUGUAUGCGUGUAUGUGCGUGUAUGUGUGUGUGUGCGUGUGCCCAGGCAGGUAGUGUGAGUAAUGAGCAGUGAAGGUAACGUCCCACGUGCGCUGUAGCGGCUCACGUUCCACCGAUAGAUGCCUGGUCCAGUCGCGGGCCGGAGAUACACCCGUUUGGACAUGGAGGAGGACCGAGAGGCUGCCAGCCACAGACCUCUCACAGCCGCCGAGGAAGGGAGGAAGACACAGAGAGCCUCGGCGAAAAGUUUACGUUUGAGGACUACCUGUCCAGUCACUACACACCUGGGGAAGUACAUGUCCAGUGGAUUCCAGGAGGCAAUGAGUUCUUGUUCAAAAGCAAGAAUGGCGAAAUCCGAAUUUUCAACUGUUCUUCCAAUUCCUCGAGAGUCAUCAUGGAUAACAGCACCUACGUGUUGAUCUUUGAAAACAACAUUUACUACAAAGCCGACCUGAAAGCCACACCCAUUCAACUCACGGACACUGGUAUUCCUGGGCUGUACUACAACGGUGUGCCGGACUGGGUCUACGAGGAGGAAGUCUUCAGCACCGAUCACGCCCUCUGGUUCUCUCAUGGAGGCAGCUAUUUGCUCUAUGCUUUCUUCAACGAUUCUACUGUUCCCACAUUCUACUUUCCAUGGUAUGGAGACCUCGAUAACUCCUAUACAGGGGAGUAUAAGAUCGCCUACCCGAAGGCGGGCUACCCUAACCCUGUCUUCACCUUGUACCUCAUGAGAAUGUCGGACCAAUCGAAGAUCGCCAUUUCUCCCCCGGAUGAACUGGCCACGAAUGACUACCUUUUCACGAACGUGGCCUGGCGGAAUGAUGAUGAGGUACUUAUCACCUGGAUGAACCGAGUGCAGAACCAUGCGGUGGUAACUCUGUGCAGAUCCUCUGACGCCCAGUGUAAAGUCAGUUUGGAGGUCAAAUCAGAAUCAGGAUGGUUGGAAUUGUUUACUCCGCCUUUGGUAGCAGCUGAUGGUUCCAAAUAUUUCUGGAUUUUGCCUCAGAGAGAAGGAGAAGAUGGUUUCUAUAAACAUGUUGCAAUGAUUGAGUUCAGAGAGUGGAAUCAGAUGGAUCGGAAAUCUUUUCUCACUGAUGGAAAGUGGGUCGUAUCAACACUGGUCAAUUACAAUGAAGAAAAAGAUAUGCUAUACUAUCUGACUCCCCACAUUGAUCCUCGUCAGAUGCAUUUGUACAGUGUGGAAGUUUCAAUCAAGCAAACGAGAUGUCUCACAUGUGACUACAGCAAGGACUGUCUAUACAACGAAGUAUCAAUGUCUUCCACAACAGACUUCUACAUUCUCAAAUGUUUAGGACCUGGUGUUCCGAAAUAUUCUCUCAUGAACAUUGAUGGGACUGAAAUUGAAAGAAUGGAGAACAACACUGCAGUAGCAGCGAGACUCGCCAAGAAAGCCUUGCCAUGGAUAAAAUAUGAACAGAUUGAGCUGGACACUGGAGAAAAAAUGUGGGCAAAAAUGUAUAUGCCGCCAGUUCUGAAGACGGAGGAGACUUUGAAAUACCCUCUGCUGCUUCAUGUAUAUGGUGGGCCAAAUUCUCAGAUGGUCACAGAAAAGUAUUCUGUUGCCUGGGAGACAUACCUGACCAGUUCAAGAGACACAAUCGUUGCCAUGGUUGAUGGUAGAGGUUCAGGGGGACGUGGCGACAAGUUCCUCCAUGCCAUUUACAGGAAAUUGGGCUCAUUUGAAGUUGAUGAUUCCAUAACUGCAGCUAAAUACUUUGAGACGUUACAUUAUGUGGACGAAAAAGCCAUGGCCAUUUGGGGUUGGUCUUAUGGAGGCUAUGUAACAGCAAGUGCUUUGGGACGUAAAGAGCAUCCCUUCAAAUGUGGCAUCUCUGUUGCACCGGUAACAGACUGGAUCUAUUAUGACACCAUCUACACUGAGAGAUACAUGGGCCUUCCUACCACAGAUGACAACAUUGCUGCCUACAAGUUUGCCAAUGUUUCUAUGUACGCUGAGAAUUUCAAAAAGUCUUCAUUCAUGCUGGUACAUGGAACUGCUGAUGAUAAUGUCCACUUCCAACAAUCAGCCCAGCUAAUGAAAGCACUUACUGAAGCUGAUGUGUACUUCAGGUUUUUGAUGUACCCAGACAAGAAUCAUAUGCUGGUUGGGGGAAAUACUCAGAAGCACCUAUAUGCACAGAUGGAAGACUUUCUUAUCGAGUGUUUUGAUGGAGCCUCUGAGUUAUUUGGAAUAUCUGCUUCUGGAGGGACUGAAGAGUCUUAAUGAUAAUUAAUUUUGCUUAGAUAGUAUGCACAUUUAUGUCAGUGGGGAUGUAUGAUGUGUGUGUAAGUGUGUGUGUGUAAGUGUGUGUGUGUGUAUGUAUGAAUGUGCGUAUGUGUGUAUGUAUAUGUGUGUGUGUGUGUGUGUGUGUGUGUGUGUGUGUGUGUGUGUUUGCGUGUGUGUGUGAGUUUGUAAAUGUUUGUAUGUAUUUUGAGUGCAAUUGAGCGACUAAAACUGUUGGGCAUAGAAACCUUUGUCUUAUUACGAUAGGUGGUGUGAGCAUGUAUAACACACGUGUAAUGGAGGAUGAAAGUUCUUGAAGUUUGAACUGUGCAAUGAUGGCAUUGCUUAUUUUGCAUUAAUGAGAUAGGGCCUCGUGAUUCACCUGAGACUCAGGUGAUGUUUUACAUGUGUGUGAAUGCAUUUAAUUGUAUGAGUAUUUCAGUCGAUGUCUGGUUUUUGCAAGAUGUAGGUCUAGUGUUUCCACCUUUCACUUGAAAAGUGAAGGAGACAAAGGGCUGUUUUUUGCUUUUUAUGUUUGUUUUGUAAUUAUUCUCAAGAUUAUUAUUCAGAAGACACACCUUUCCAAUCCAUCCAUUUCCAUGUGACUACAAAUUUAGUUUCGAAUGAUGGGCAAGUGUUUUGAUAAGUUGAUGCAAUAUUGCAUGAAUGUCUGCGCCUACUAAGACAUUUAGUUGGUAUAAUCUGUGAAAAAGGAUUUUGAUGUCAAACUCUAAAAUUUGAAAUGAUUCUUAAGUCAAAAGUGUGCGCCUGUCUUGAUGCAUUAUGUUCCAUCCGAAAUGUGUAUGAAUGCACAAUUAUGUACUUUGCUCUUGCAAAUGAAGUUCUAUAGACACUCUACCUUUUUUUACUUUCAAUCAUAAUAAUCAUUUUAUCAACGUGGAACUUAAAAGUCAUCAUAAAGUCAACAUAACUUACCUAAAGAAACAGGAAUGUGAAUAAAAUUUACCAUGUAGAUUUGUAACUAUGAAUAAUAUCAAACUAAUCAGAAUCUUUUUGUUCAUUAAUUCUAUGCAUUAGAUUGAUGCUUUGUAAUUUGUAAUAAUUAUUACAUUUACAAAUUUGUUUUUUAGCUGAGUUCAUAGGAGGAAAAAUGAUUUUCUGGGAAAGUGAGGAACUUGCUCGAGAAUCCUAGUUUGUUUUUGUAUCUUGGAGUCCGUGACCCUAUGAGAAUACGACUAAGGCAUUCGAAGACCGUCCUACUUAAUUAAGUUGUGUGCACUCUGCAAGGAGGAAGUAUAGCCCAAUAGUGUUCAGUUAUCAAAGUGAGCAUUCUAAAGGGUCUAAAUGUAUAUAUACAAAGAACAGGUUCUUUGAAUUGGUAUUUUUGUGUACAUAAUGUGAAAGCGAAAAGUUACUCAGUGUUUUACUAUCUGCUUUGCUUCUUAUGGAUCAAACUUCGAUGCUUCACAAAUUGACAGCUCUACUGAUUAAUUUAGCUUAUAUCAGGGGUUAAAUGAAAUCGGUAGUAGAACUGCCCAGUUGAGAAUUUUAGCCUUUGGGUUGUGAAGUUGUGAAAACAGAAGUACUGUCAUAUCUGAGUAACACUGCACUAAGUUUGGUGGGGAUUGGGAGGUGGGGGGGGGGGGAACUAAGAUAGAUUCCUAGUGAGAAUUGUCACAUUCUGAUGGAUUAAUCUUUGUACUUGUUGAAAACUAAACCAGGUCGGUCCUUACUCUGACAAUUAUCACUUUGUUGUAUACAUUUAUUUUGUUUUAAUUAAUUGGCUCUCAGAUUUGUGUAGAGAGAAGUCUUUCUCACGUCGUAAAAGCUUAUCAUUACAAAAUAUAUUGUUUAAUUGCUAACAUCUUUAUAAAAAGAUCCAUAUUUUGUGAGAAAAAAAAUCUUUUGUGCUUGUAUGAUCAACAUCUUGCACAUUAUUUUUUCAAAAUAGAGCUAAGAGUUGUAAAUCAUGAGCGGAGUAUUACCACAUGAAGUUUGCAAACUGCUCUACAAUUAUGAUAAUUUGACUUGCCUUUUUGAUGGAAGCAUUGCACUCUUCCUUCACUCAGUUUGUGAUAUUCUGUACCUUUCUUCACCACAAAUUUCUGUGUUCUCCAGCAGCAUUUCUUACGUCUUCUCAUGACCUUUAUUUUAUCUGCAUAAUAUAUUACACAAUAACGGUUGUUCGAACCGUUUGUAUUUUAUCACAGUCUGCACAGUCAUUCCUGACUUAUACAUGAUUAAAGAAAACUUUUUCUUCUCCUUCUGUGUUCCUCUUGUAGAAAGAAAUUUUUUCUCCCAUUUGUGUUUUUGGCAUUUCUGUCCCCUUGGGCUGCCAGAAAAAUGUUUUAUCUUCCUACCUUUGUCCUUUCCUCACCCA